UUUUUUUUCCUUCAACUUGAGAUGGAAAGUUUAACACAAACCAUUUUAACUCGAAGUUUCUAUUAGUCAUAGUUUCACUUUAUUGAAUGCAAUGCUCAUUUGAUCAUAAAAAAUAAACAACAUAUGGCCGAAAAAGUUGGAACCCUCUGUCUUUCUCCCCGUAUGACUUUUUUCACUUUUUCACGCGCACUUCCGCGUACAAUGUUUUUCCCCCACUGACACACAGCAAGUUUCGAGUAGGAAACCUACCGUGCGCUCUACCUGUCGUUUUAUUUCGAUUCACGGCGGGGUGUGUUUGGGGCUCAUAGCUCUAACCCAGCCAUGAGCAUCAUCGGGGCCGAGGAUGAAGACUUCGAGAACGAUCUCAAUGAUGUGGGGGACGAUCAGUGUAAAUAUUUCAAUUCUAUAGACCAGCUAAAGGACCACCCAGCCCACCUGCUCGCCUUCAUCCAACAUGUCAUCCUCCAGUUUGACCCUGCACCUUUGCUGUGUUACCUCCAUGGGGAGCUCCUUAAAAACCUCAGUGCCAAAGAAACCAAGAAACAGUUUGUGGAGUUUAACAACAACUUUUUGGACAAGGGUGCAAUUCUAAGAGUGGCAGUACCCUCUAAUAUAUCAAAUGAAUUAGAUCGGACACGACCAGAGUUGCUUUCAGAAGAGACUCAGAGGCGUUAUGUCCAGGAGGUCCAGAGCCUGCAGUGCGGAGAAGUGGCCAAACAGCUGGAAGACUUCAGGACAAAGAGGAUGAUGGGUAUGACGCCAUGUGAAGCGGAGCUGAACGAUGUGGAGAGCCACUAUCCUACAGACCGCAUCCCCAUGGAGAUGAAGGAGAAGUCUGUAGCAGAGAACCUGCUGGACAGGAUGGCUGAGUCACAGCCCACUAUUGUCUCAGAUGAGGAGAAAUGCCAGUCCAUCUUCACAGCAGUGGCCUUCUACAUGAAACAUUUGGGAGUUAAGACCAGGGCAGUGGACAGCAAGAAGUCAAGAGGAGGCUUCUUCAGGAUACCACUGGGAAAGAAUAAAAGGGAUGACAUACCGAAGAUUAAAACCAGACCAUUUCCAAGCAUUCCGAGUUGGAUGGGUGGGACCAACAGUGCUGAAACCAUCAAGCCUAAACCAGAUGAAGGGCCAUCAGAACGCAACAAAAGUCUGCCUUCCAUCAGAGGCUCUGUGACUGAGCCCCCACUCACGAGCAGAAAGUCUGUCACUGUCCCUGUGGUGCAAGGACCUGCGCUGGAAAUCCCUGAUGGUUUAGGAAACAACAACAGCACCGCCAACAGCCCCGAGGCCUCCAUUAGUGAUGGCCAUUUGAUGAAUCGUCUUGAGCCCCCUACAGUUUCAGAUGGGGGGGACCUUUCACCUGUGGGGCUAGGCGGAGGCUUGAACAUAGUGGAGCCUCUGUCCUCUAGUGACACUCCCACAGAGGAAAGCGUGAAUGAAAAAGACAGACGGAGAACAAGUAGGAAAGUGGCGCGCAGUGAGAGUGCUCGUGUGGACCGGCACUCCUCUCGGCGCCGUGGCUCGUCCCGGGCCAAACAGUCCCGUUCCCGUAGCGACGUGGACCUGCAGCCUCCCUCCACCACAUCCUCAUCACCCGCCCCGCUCAGCCCGCAGCACCUCCAUCCCUCUGACGGACUAGUUCUAGUGGCUGAUGGUCAAGGGGCUUCUCCUACUAGCCCCUCUCCACAGCUGGAGGAGGUGGAGCCACGUCUUCUGGAGUUUGAGCAGGACCCUCCCAACUGGAGGGAGCUGGCCUCAUCUGACGCACUGUCCUGCCUGAGUAAGAAGGAAAUCAAGAGGCAGGAAGUCAUCAAUGAGUUAUUUGCCACUGAGCAUGCUCAUGUGCGCAUGCUGAGUGUCCUUCAGAUGAUCUUUUCCAAACCUCUGGAAAGAGAGAACCUACUAACCGCCGAUGAACUUGCUGCCAUCUUUCCCAGCCUGGAUGAGAUUAUUGAAAUGCACUAUAACUUUUAUGAGAAUCUGAAGAAACUACGUCUGGACGAUGGCUUCAUAGUCAAAUUCAUCAGCACCCCAGUGCUCAAUCGGUUUGGGGGCACAGAAGGAGAGUGGUUUCAGAAGCUCACAUCUCGGUUUUGCAGUCACCAGUCAUGGGCACUGGAACAAAUCAAGAGCAGACAGAAGAGAGAGCCACGUUUCAACUCUUUUAUACAGGAGGCAGAGAGCAAACCUCAGUGCCGCAGACUUCAACUGAAAGACAUCAUUCCCAUAGAGAUGCAGAGGCUCACCAAGUAUCCACUGCUGCUCGAGAACAUUGCCAAAAAUACAGAGGACGCCACUGAGAAAGAGAGGAUUCAACAGAGCGCAGAAUGCUGUAGAAAGAUCCUCAACCAUGUCAAUGAGGAGGUCAAAAUGAUGGAGAACCUAUUGACUUUGAAGGAAUACCAGAGAAAACUGGACACAUCGGGACUCAAGCCCAGUAAUGAGCUGUACACUGAGUAUAAGAACAUUGAUUUGACUCAGAAAAAGAUGCUGUUUGAAGGACCUCUGACCUGGAGAGUGACCAAAGAAAAAGCUAUUGAGGUGCAGUGUGUGCUGCUCGGGGACAUGCUGGUGCUGCUGCAGAAGCUGGAUGAUAAGAUGGUGCUGAAAUGCCAGAGUAAAAGCAACAUUGCUGUACAAGAAGGCAAAAUGAUGCUGAGCCCCAUUAUCAAACUAGACUCUGUUUUCCUACGUGAGGUGGCCACAGAUCGAAAAGCCUUCUAUGUAAUCUUUACAUGGGAUAGUGGAGCACAAAUCUAUGAACUAGUUGCUCAGUCUGUUGGUGAAAGAAAAACGUGGACCGAAGUGAUCAAGACAGCAGUAGAUGACCUAAAGAAGAGUGGUGCACCCAUGAAGCUGACACUGCCUUCUGUUGGCGCCCCCUUCAGCCCUGUCACGCUAAAUGCUCCUUUGAGCCCGACAGAGAAUGGCAGUCUAAAAAGUGUCAGUGAGCGAGAUAAGGACAGUUUGACGGAUGAGAAGUCCUCAGACCCCAGGCACUCGCUGAUUGAUUUCCUGUCAGACAAAGGCUUCGACUUGAUAGGCCACUCCAACAGCGAUCAAGAAAAGGUGGCCAAUAGUGCUCUGGAUGAAGUUAUGUCCCUCAAAAGGCUAUUGGUCGGCAGCAUUAGUUUUUCAGAAGAUGCAGCACUAGAUGAAAAAUUCGAAGAGGAACUAUCGGACAAGCACAGUGAAGCCAAUGAAAGUAGUCAGCCAACAGAUGAAACUUCAAGUGCAAACACAGGAGCAGAGGAAGAAAACAACCACCCUGCUGUGAAGGAUGCGGCCGGGAUGAAGACAGACGAUGAGAGCAUCAGCGCGCCCAUGGUGCUGUCCCAGGAGAGGAUGGAGGAAGUGUGUAGGCGGCUGCACAGUCUGGAGAAACAUCUGAAAAAACUCCAGGCUGUUGAAGAGGAGCACCAUCGGCUACAGGAGGCCCUCUCCAAGUUCUCGCUGGAGGGGGGAAACUUCCAUUAAGUCGCCAUCACGCCACCUGCUGGCCACUAGAGUUGUUCUGAUGCUGGGUUGAAGUGCAAGAGUGACAGGCCUUACGUGACCCCUAACAAGCCUACCUUGGCUCCUUUGCAGCUUGUGAAAAUGCUUUCUGCCUGCAGGGGGGGCUGGUGGCUCUGUGAGAAGUGCAGUGGUCCAGUGACAGAACAUGGGAGCUUGUGUGCGCUUGUAUGUGUGUGUCUGGUUGAGUGAGUGUUGGAGAGCCAUGAAGAGAAACAUCCUGCUUUUCAGUGGGGUAUUGCUUUUACUGAGAGGUGCCAAGAAAAACUAGCAAUAUUUGCUGUCUGAGGCUGCCAAUGUUAGAGGAGUAGCAGAGGAUUUCUGUAACACACAAAUGCACACAGAGACAUGCUUCUCAUCAUUACUGCCAGAAGCACAAUUAGAGAGAAACUUUGUGUUGCAGCACCUGGUUGGAGCUUUGAGGUGCUUAUCUAUUGAAGAUGCUUUUAAAAAACUACUGCCAAUAUUUCAGAGUUUUUUCUUACCAAUGCCAAAGUAUAUAAUGCACUUUUUUGUUUUGAAAAUGCCUUUAAUACUCCUUAGCAUAGUUUUUCAAAAUGUAUUAUACUUAAACCUAUAGUGGUCAUGAAUGACAAUGCAUGCAGUGUGUGUAUGUGUGUGUUACAUUUUAGUCUUUUCGGUUAGUUGGAGACUUCUUUCUUACUUUAUUUAGGUCAAAUAUUGGCACAAUAGCUAACUAUGCUGUUAAUAGUGGAGACAAGUGUUUAUAUUUACUGCUUUUAUUUAUUCCUCUUGAGUCAUGUGGGUGACACUGUAACACACUGGCCACAAAAGAUAAUGUCAAAAGAAUGUCGAAAUAACAGAAGGCUCCUCGGAAAUGUGUAAAGAACGCAAUGUUAUCCAAUCGCAGAUAUGUAGAAAGCUUUUAUAUAGAAUGUAGUUUUGAUAGUGGUUAUAUAACAGUGUAGCAAACAGUAUUUGCACUCAGUAGAUAACUAAUUUCAAAUGUAAACAGUGCACACACACAAUAUCAUCUUUCUGCAGGUAAUACUCAUAUAUACUGUAGACCUGAUUCCAAGUAUCCACAGCUGCUGAGUUGAAAUACAGAGUCUUACAGGGUCAUUACUUGUAUUAUAAGACAUCAGGUUUCCAUUCCUGUUUGUAAUUAAAAAAGAAUUCUUACAUUUAUAUAGAAUUUAGGAUUUGUAUGUAUAUUCUAUCCAGCUUUGAUUGUACUUGAUGAUUAAACAAUGCUAUAUAAAUCUGUUAGAGGCAAAAAUCAAUAUCUGGGCAGGUUAAAAUUACUUAAAUUAAGAACAGUUUACUUUAUUUGAGUUGAUUCAACUUGACUUGAAGUAAAAUAAUCUACCAAUGGAAUAGAAGUGUUUUUCUUAACUCAAGCAAUAUUAGAUUUAGUUUCUUUGUUAUAAGUUCAAAAUAAGAGCAAGUGGAACAAGAUGUAUUUUCAUAUUUUAAGUAUGAAAAGUCUUGUUCCAUUGGUAGAUCAUUUUACGUGUCAAGUGAAAUUUAUUAAAAUCAUAAUAAAAUGUUCUUAAUUAAAUUAAUUGUAACAUGGCUAGAUUUUAGUUUUUGCAGUGUAAGCAGUGACAAAACUGUGGCAACGGUCACAAGACCAAAGACAAGACACCGUUAGAUCCUCAUACAAGCUGUAAUCCGCGCUGUUACACUUCUACCGCAUGCCUUAUGUGUGUGUAUUAGGAUGUUAUGUACUGGUGAUGGUAGGCCUGUCACUAUAUAAUAUUUUGAAGCAUGAUAUAUUACUACAGAGAAAUAUUGUGAUAAACUGUAAUACUGAAAAUCCUUUAUGCCACUGUUACAAAGCAGGAUAAUCAUAUUAAACCAAUUUUUCAAUACACAGUAUCAUUAAAAAGCUUGAACAGCAACAAAUUUAAAUGGAAAUGGAAGAAUGAAGCAGUAAUUUUCCAUAAUAAAAUAUGGUUUAUAAUUAACCAUAUUUAUUCUACCCUCUACAGCUCAAACUUUACGUUAUUACAUUAAAAUGGCAAAAAUCUUCCCACUAUUACAAAGAUAAAGUGCUCCACUGUUCCAGCUAUCAUAUUGAACGAUUAGAUGAUAUAGUAAUUAUCAUGACAGGCCUGGAUGGAGGAUGGUUGGUGAUACGUACGGCAGGCUUUAGUCAGGUACAUAUGCAAAUGUAGUGUUAAAAAGACAUCAGGUUUAACAGACUAAUUGUGAAAGAAGGAGAGACUGCUGCAGCUGGAUUGACCUGUACAAACUGAACAUAUGGGACCAUUAGCUGAAAAUGACAAGACUGCAAAGAUAAUGAGGCAGGAUAUUUUUAGAAGUUUAAGCUGUACUGUAAUCAUGAUCUCUUCCUCAUAUGCAUUCUUCUAUAAAUAUGCUAAAUAUAACACACUUUUUACACAUUGUUGACCAUCACUGUCCUAUAUCCUAUAGAAAUGUACAUAGUUAGCUUGAAGGAAGAAAAUAAUUAGCCACAGUAUAUGUUUAUUAGUUUGGCACAUCCCUUCACUUUGGUUCUUGUGAUAGCAUGAUCACUUUUUAUUUUUUCUCUUCACAUUCUACCGCACACUUUGAGCAUAUUUUAAUAAAGAGUUGGGGAUGUUUCUGUUAACUUUUUGAAAGAUGCUUUUUGUAUUUUUAUCUAUGCAUUUGUCUAGAGGGAGAUGGGAAUUGCCUACGAGCUUCCAUGCACAAAUGAAUUGAAAAAUAUGAUAUUGAUGGAUUGCAGUUACACCUUUUUAAAUGAGGUAACCUAAUUUGCAAGGAUUCAGAUCACAUGCUCGUUGAUAAAAACAACAACAGACAGACACUUCCUCCAUCUCUCUUUACCAGCUGUUUUCCCCAUGUAUAUGUAGCUGUAUAAAAUGUAUUUAUAGUAUGGUGCCUUGUUCAGACAGUUUUCAUCUUAUCAAGGGCUCUUAAGUCAUUGCCAUUAUUACAUAUUGUCAUUUAUUUUGCUUUCUGCUGAAUUUAGUGUUAACACAUCAAGCCUGGCUGCCGAUUGGUUUGAAGAUGAGCUGGUUGUUCUAUAUUGAAUUAUAUUGCUGGCCAUACUAAGUCAGUUCAUGAGCCCUUACUUCUACCAUUGAUACAGUUUUCUGCCUAUUUGAGUAAGCAAGAACUAUUCUGUGUAUUGGGGUUUUGAUUUGAUCAUGUAACAGACUCAUGAUGUACACUUAAGGAAAGUUGUGGUACGUUCUGUUUUUUAAUUCCUAAUUUUUUAAUAAAUUGGGGGAAAUAUGUA